CUCUCCCUCCCUCUCUCUCUCUCAUAUUCCUCUCCCUCACCUUUGGAGAAGCGACGCCCCCCCGAUCACCCAUCCGCAAGAUCUGUAUCUCGCUACAGGUCUUUUUUCUCAUAUCUGAAUUAUACCCGGGUCUUUGCAGCCCACCUGUCAGGAUCAUGGCAGGCAAGAUGACUUUGUAUAAGUUGGUGGUGUUGGGCGACGGAGGUGUUGGCAAGACCGCCCUAACCAUUCAGUUAUGUCUCAAUCAUUUCGUCGAAACAUACGAUCCCACUAUCGAGGACUCAUACCGCAAGCAGGUUCAGAUCGAUGGCCAGUCGUGCAUGCUCGAAGUGCUAGACACUGCUGGACAGGAGGAAUACAUUGCACUACGCGAUCAGUGGAUACGCGAUGGCGAGGGCUUUGUCCUGGUUUAUAGCAUAUCAUCCCGCCCAUCUUUUGAUCGCAUCAGGAAAUUCCAUCAUCAGAUCCAACGCGUCAAGGAAACGUCCAUCUCAGGUUCUCCUACAUAUCCCGGUUCACCUCUUAGUGCAUCGUCUGUUGGCUCUGGUGGUUUCGGUCCCACACCAGUCAUGCUUGUUGGUAACAAAUGCGACCGGGUCACCGAGCGCGAAGUCUCCACUCAAGAAGGGAGUGCGCUCGCCAAAUUAUUAGGUUGCGACUUCGUGGAAGCCUCAGCUAAGAAUUGCGUGAACGUUGAAAAGGCCUUCUACGAGGUUGUGAGGCAGCUGAGGCGCCAGCGACACCAAGGGGCUGGCAAAAGUGAUCGGCCAUCGAAGGGCGCGAUCCGGGGUGCAGGCAGUGGACAUCUUCACAGCACGAAUGGUGAAUCUUCGCGUCUCAACACAAAGUCAGGUCGUGGUGACCGCAUUGGGGGCAGGAAUAAGAAGAAGGAUGUACGGUGUACAAUCCUAUGAACUCAGCAAUGCAUUUGCAUCCUUUUGCAAUUCUCUAAGCUCUUUUCCCCAGCUUGACUGGUCCUUGUUGCCGCCAGUACCGACAGGUUCACCACGAUUGCGUCCAGUAUUACCGUAUUGUGUAAUGCUGACAUGCAAUGCUACUUGAUCCAUUUCCUCUUCUUGCAGGCCUUCUUUGCUACUAUCUUGGUAUGGCGUAUUGAUCGCUGUAACUAUACCACGUUUCGCCUUGACCAAUUUAUGAAGGGUUUCUUGUUGGAUAUUCAAAUCAGGAUUACUAUAGCGACAGACAGUAGAACAGUUAAAAGGCGUUAGCAUAGGUUUAGGCGU